GGCAGAGAGGAGCGCUCCAGUUACUCCACAGUGGGACGACUCAAUCAUGCUGCUGGUGUUGAGAGCUUUGCUGCUGCUGGGUCUGGCCUCCAUGUUGCACGCCGCCAGGAAAGGCCAGUCGGUGAGCUUGAAUUUGGGGAAUGGAGCCAGACGGAAGGCCAACACAGUGAGGCUGGUGAUGGAUCCCUCAGUGCAGACUCAGCACAUCAGCGCCUCCUCCGCCACCAUCGCCAACAUGUCUCUGUCUCCGUGGAAGUACAUAGACUCCUGUGUGCCCUCUCGGUUGCCUCGGAGGAUCUCUCACGCUCAGUGUCUGACCUCUGGCUGUAUGAGCCUCGAAGGGGGGGGUGAGGACGCAGCUCUGGAGGCCAAACCCAUCUACUACCAGAUCCUUGUCCUUCACAAAAUCCCAAGGCAAGUGCACAAUCGCAAAGGAGGGAGGAAGACCAAGCAGUUUGACUUGAGGCUGGAGACGGAGGUGAUCCCGGUGGGCUGCACCUGUGUGAGGCCAAGCGUCAUACCGCAGAAGCCCCAAGAAGGAAGUUUAGGAAUAUUUUAGAUAGACGUGUGGAGUUGACAUAAUCAACUAAAAUAAGGCUGUUCCAUUUUGUAAUCUGACUAAACCUUUUAAUUUGAGCCAAUGAAAUGAAUUAUAAAACGAUGAUUUUUGAAUUCAAACAGUGUGUUUCUUUUUGCCUCCUAGUGGUGACAAAAUGCGUAAUGCAGCUUUAAUUUAACAUUUACUGUGUGUCAUUUUCUUAUAAAAGCGGUAGUUGUGAAAGAUAUAUAUCGGAAGCUGUAUUCGUUUUUGGGGGUUCGGUAAUUUAAAUUUAUUUUUGUCGUUUCUCUUAUGUUGUUAUGUUGUUUUUUAACCCAGCAUUUUUUAAUAACCGUAUUUUAAUUUUAUUGUUAACAUUAUGAAAACACUUUAAUAAAGUUUUUAAGCCAA